AUGAUCGAGAACAAUGAAGAUAUUGUUUAUCGUUUACAAAAACGAUAUAAUGAUAUUGCACGUUGUAUAAAAAUAACAGUUGAUCUUCAAGCUACAUCUAUACCAUUAGAUAGAUCACCAUCAGUGACAAAUAUAAUGUCAACAACGAUCGAUUAUAUACCAAUAUUAGAUGAUCAAAAAUCUUUAUCAAUGUUUACAGAUGGUUUAAUACCAUAUCAUUUUAAAGAAUUAAUAACAUCAAAUAUUGAUUAUGAACAUCUUAUUGAUAUUAUUAAAUUAAAAAUAAAAUCAAACGAAAAUAUUUUUAUUAUGCAUGGUCAGAUAGAUGGAAUUGUUGAUAAUGAUAAUGAUGAAAAAGAUAGAAAAUCAUUUGUUAAAAAACGAGAAUUUUUUUUUCAUUCAACUAAUAAUUAUAAUUAUUCAUCAAAAAUCAAUGGACAAAAUCAUUAUACGAAUGAAUUGCCAGUAUCGAAUAAUUUAAUCUCUAUGUCACGAUUUAAUCCAUCCAAUAGAUCUUUAUUAGAAGAACGAUUACGACGUAUACAUAAUAUAUAUAAUGAAACAAAAGUUACACUUAAACGUUUAAAUGAAAAUGAUAUUGAUGAAACAAUCUGGCAACGUUAUGAACAGUAUCAAACAAUGAAUAGAUUUCCUUCUCAUAAUCGUAGCAAUACUUAUUCCACUAAUAAUAAUAAUAAUCGUCCGUAUCCAACAACUCAUACAUCCUAUCCACGUAGUAAUUAUUAUCGUGAUUAUUAUACUGGUAAUAAUUAUGAAGAUGAAGAUGGAAUGUUACUUGAUAAUGAAUAUGAUGAUUUUGGUGAUGAUUUUUUUCAACAAGAAGAAAAUAUUGAUGAAUUCGACAUGCCAUUCAGGAAAUAUGAAAGUAAUCGAGUUUAUCGAGGUACAACUCGUGGACGUCCUCGUGGUCGAGCUGGACGUGGUUCUCAUCAUGGUCAUCCACCACGUGGUGUUAAUCAUUUAACAACAGGUUCAUUUCAAUCGAAUCAACGUUUAAUUCAACCAAAAAUAGAAUCUCCUAAAUUAAAUGAACAACAACAACAACAACAGCAACCUAUUAGAAAUAAACGUAAACCAGUUAAACUUAAAUCUGUAACAGUAACAACAACAACAACAACAGAAGAAAAACCAAAACGACCAGGAAAAGUUUUACGUAGUGGAAGAAUAUCAAGAAAACCACGACGAGAUUCAGAAACAGAUUUUGGUUCAGAUAAUUCAGAUGAUAGUGGAGCAAAAGAUAAAGAAACUGGUUCGGAUGAUGAUGAUGAAGAAUUUGAUUUAACACAACUUGGUCUUGGUUUUGGUAAUUCAUCAACAAUUGUAACUAAAGGACGUGAUGGUUCAUCAUCAUCAUCAUCAAAUGAUUCAUUAACUGUAACAAAUCUUUCAUUAACUAAUUUUGCUGCAUUUGCACAAAGUCAAUUAUUAGCAACAAAUUUAGCUAAUGGAUUAUUAAAAACUAAUGAUGAAUUAAGUAAUGAUUCGGAUUUUAGUAUAGAUGGCUUUGAAACAGAUGAAUCUGAUGAUAUUUUAAGUCAGAAAACAAAAAUAAACAGUGGAAAUACAGAUGAUGAAGAUCUUGAUGAUUUUACAUAUAGUCAAACAAUGUUAUCACUUAUUAAGAGUAUGCAACCAAAUCAUGUUAAAAUUGAUCUUGAUCUUGUACCACAAAAUAAAAAUGUUAAUAGUAAUAAAGGUAAUAUUAUCAUAUUCGAUUUUAACAUCAUUGAGGAUUCAUCUCAUAUGAUCGAGAAUUAUAUUUUCUGAAGAUCCAUCUUUUUGAAUUUUACUUUAAAACUAUUUUCAUUUAAACAUCGAAUAUACAAAAGCUCGUAGAAAGUAUUUUUAAAUUUUGAAAAGUUCAUAGAUUGUCGAGAGUAAAUGUAACUUCAUUAACGUUAAUCUAUGUUAGACCUUUAACUGAAGGUAGGUUUAUGGUAACAUUCACAAAAAAAAAACGAUUUUUUUCGAAAACCAAGGGAAGUCAGACAGUUAUGUGUGAGCAUUUUCGUUAUAAGACAGAUCCUUGUUGAAGAAAAUUUUGAGAAAAACACACAACAAAAAAAAGAUUCGAAUAUAUUAUUUAACUGUUCCGUAAGAUUACAUAAAUAAAUCAAUAAGAAAUAGCAACGCCCGAUAUACUUUAACUGAUCAUUAGCGUUUAUAUGUGAAUUUUCAAUCAAAUUUUGUAGUUGUUUGCUGAAACACUUUUCUUUUCGCUUUGGUAGUCGACUGUUCAAUAUAGUGAUGAUGAUGAUGAUGAUGCCGGCAUCUAGAGGGUGUAUGGGUCUUCUCUUCAUCUAAACUCAUCCUCAAAUUGUCGAUGAGGAAAUCGUUCGAUACUCAAAUGACUGAGUUUAUGAUUUGAAUUAAUGUUAUUAUGUAUCAUCCGUUCAAAAAUUAGUAUAGAAUCUGUUCGAUGACCAUCUGUCUCUGGCCAGAAGUUAAUCCCGGACCUGGACCCGAUGGGCUCUAGUCAACUGAUGAAAAAUAAAAGAUAUCGACAUGCUUGUGUUGCUGAUGAAGUACCAUAAACAGUUGUAUUAGACAAUGAUGAUGAUGAUGAAGAACCAGGAGAAAUUAUU